AUGUCGGCUACAAAGACCAUCUUGGCAGCUGCAGCGGAAAGCUCGCCCACCGGAAUCCUCAAAUAUGUCCCAAGUCAGGGAGGCAACUACUUCGUUGGUGGAGCCUACGCGCUGUUCAGCGCGCUCACCUUCUUCUACGUCUUCCGUCGCAAAGACUUUUGGGCACUCUGCUUGCCGAUUGGCUGUCUCUGCUCGGCCGUUGGCUUCAUUGUGCGACCCUCCAUCGAUCCGUACAACGUCAGCCUGGGUCUCUACAUCAUCCAGAGCAUGUUCGUCGUCAUUUCGCCCGCCGCCUUCCUCGCCUUCAACUAUCUCCUGUACGGACGCAUGAUCCUUGCCGUCGACAAGGAUUUUGGUAGCUCGAACGUCGAUGCACAAUCGCUUGAAAGCCAGCCGCUGACCGCAACGCAAAGGAUCACCAUGAUGAAGAAAGCCGGAGGACCCAAGACGGAAAAGUCGCGCUUCUCCUUCAUCCCCCCUCGCAUCGUCGGAACCGUGUUCGUCUGGAGCGAUGUCAUCACGUUUGUGGUCCAGAUCGCGGCGGGUGGUCUCCAGGCUACCGGCGCUCUCAACCUCGUCGAUGUCGGAGACAAGAUGUUUUUGACCGGUGUCAGCCUGCAAGGUGCCUCGUACAUCUUCUUCACGCUCCUCCUGACCUACGCCACCGUCCUCAUCAUUCGCGAAGGCGCCCGCAAUAACGCUGGCUACAUCAAGUCGGACUUGAUCAUGGGUCUCGAGAAGCCCGUGUUUGCCCUCGUCGCUGGUCUCUACCUCUCGUCGAUCUUUAUUAUUAUUAGGUCCAUCUACCGUAUCAUCGAAUUCUCUCAAGGCUACGGCGGCUACCUCGUGUCGCACGAGAUCUACCUCUUCGUCCUCGACGCUGCUCCUCUGCUCGUCGCUGUCGGCAUUUGGGCUGUCAUGUGGCCCUCGUCACUCCUCGAAAGCAUCUUCGAGAAGCGAUACUCCGGCUACGGACACUACCCCCUUACCAAGUCGAGCUCGUAA